CUAGCAACCGCCCGGGGUCCCGCCGCUGCUGCGGCCUGGGCCCGAGCGAAGGAGCCGCCCCAGCCGGGGGAGCGGUGUGCGGGGCCGGGAGGGGGAUGGGGCCCGCUUCCCCCCCGCCGUGAUGCUGCUGAGCAGGAAGCCGGAAGGACCCCUCACCGCAGCCAGGUUUGGAGAUGGAUUGUAUGAUUCCUACAUGAGAAUAGAUCAAAUUAGGUACCCAGAUCCUACAAAUGAAGAACACAGCUCUCCUGGACUUCCUUCACUUGGGAGAUCAAAUGUUACUAGCAACAAACUCACUAUGAAAGAUCAUCCUCUGACUGGAAGUCAGGUCAAAGUUGAGCAACUGUUUGAGGACUCUGGCAAUAAGAGGAGCAGUACUCUUCAGUCUGCAGGAAUCAGUAGUUCCGAAAGGUCUCUUCCUUCCCUGUCAAAAGAUAAAAGUAUAGACAGCUUAAGCACAGCCAAAUCUUGUGGAAGUUCAUCAAAAGUGCGCAAAGCUAUCUCUCAGGCUCCAGAGCAAGCAGUGAAGCAAUAUAAACAUCAGUUAUCUGCUUACGAGCAGCAAGAAAUAUGUAACUUUUCUGAAAUUUACUUUGUGGGUCCAAAUGCAAAAAAAAGGCAAGGAGUAGUUGGUGGCCCCAACAAUGGAGGAUAUGAUGAUGACCAAGGUGGAUACAUUCAUGUGCCUCAUGACCAUCUGGCUUACCGAUAUGAAGUACUUAAAAUAAUUGGAAAGGGCAGUUUUGGACAAGUAGCUAAAGUUUAUGAUCAUAAACUCCACCAGCAUUUGGCCUUAAAGAUGGUUCGCAAUGAGAAGAGGUUUCACCGUCAAGCAGCAGAAGAAAUUCGGAUUUUGGAGCAUCUCAAGAAACAGGAUAAAACUGGCAGCAUGAAUGUUAUUCACAUGCUAGAAAGUUUCACCUUUCGGAACCACAUAUGUAUGACCUUUGAGCUCCUGAGCAUGAACCUGUAUGAGCUGAUCAAAAGAAAUAAAUUUCAAGGGUUCAGUGUACAACUGGUACGCAAGUUUGCCCACUCUAUAUUACAAUGUUUGGAGGCUCUUUAUAAAAACAAAAUCAUACAUUGUGACCUGAAGCCAGAAAAUAUACUUCUAAAACAGCAAGGGCGGAGUGGCAUCAAGGUUAUUGAUUUUGGGUCCAGCUGCUUUGAGCACCAAAGAGUCUACACGUAUAUUCAGUCUCGAUUCUACAGGGCCCCAGAGGUCAUUCUUGGAAGUCGGUAUGGGAUGCCCAUAGACAUGUGGAGUUUUGGUUGUAUUCUGGUGGAACUGUUGACUGGAUAUCCUCUUUUUCCUGGAGAAGAUGAGGGAGACCAACUGGCUUGUAUGAUGGAGCUUCUUGGAAUGCCACCUCAGAAGCUUUUGGAUCAAUCCAAGCGAGCCAAAAACUUCUUCAACUCCAAGGGUCAUCCUCGCUACUGCACUGCAACUACCCAUACAGAUGGGAAAGUGAUCCUCAAUGGCAGUCGAUCACGCAGGGGUAAAAUGCGUGGUGCGCCAGGCAACAAAGACUGGGUGACAGCGUUGAAAGGCUGUGAUGACCCCUCAUUUAUAGAAUUCUUAAAAGAUUGUCUUAACUGGGAUCCUUCUGCGCGCAUGACUCCAAGUCAAGCUUUAAGACACCCAUGGAUUUGUAAGCGAAUGCUCAAACCACCCAGUACUGAUAAAAGCGUGGGUAAACGGAUAUCUAACUACACAAGCUCCUUCCCAGGGAUAGGUUCUAAGUUGCCUCCAGUCGUUGGAGUGGCAAACAAACUGAGGGCGAAUUUAACAUCUGAAUCAAAUGGCAGUAUACCGCUAUGCACUGUGCUACCAAAACUGGCCAGUUAAUAGAAAAUGAUGUAUUCCCAGAAUACAUACCUUGUAUUUUAAUUAUCUACUAGAAAUGUGCCAGGUGAUGAAAUGCAGAGGUUUUUAAUGGAUUUACUUUUCAUUAAACACUAAAUCUUGUAUAAAAAAAAUGAAUCAAAAUAUAAACAUUUCAAGGGCUAAUUGUUUUAUCAAGUUGUUUCAGUUGCAGUGUGGUGCAUGUUACAUCACUUGAUAGGUCAACACAUCUGUUCUGGUCAGUGAAAUUACCUGCUUUAACAGUUGAGUUUAAUAGCACUGUUUAAAAAAGAAUCAAACCAGUUCUUAUCAGGACAGUUUUAGAUAGCAAAUGCUUUGUCACAAGACAGCAAGAAAAAAGCAUUUAAAAUUGUAUUCUGUUGGACAGAAUGAGCUCUGCUUUCAAUCCCCAGGUGAACUUCUUUAAAUUUGGAUGAAAUUUUACAGAUUUACUGUCAAGAGCACAGGUGUUUUAUUCAAAAAAGUGAGACUGUUGCUUGCCAAUUGCAAAUUUAGAUUUGAAUGAUUUGGCUUCCCUGCAGAAUGCCUUCCCCUUACACAUUUUGGAGGGCUCCUGGCAUAUAGGGAUCCAAGUUGCUGCAUUCCUAAAUUUCUUAGGCUGAGAUUUUCAAAGGACCAUACAAGUAGUUAGGGACACAUCAGUUGUACGUAGACCUGCUAUGAUCAACUUCUGUACUGGGAAAUGCACUCACUACCCCCACUGAAGUCAAUGGGAGUUGCAGAGUGCACAAGAGCAGAACUGGACCAUAACAUGAAGUAUGAUUUGUUCAGGGCUAUUGAAAACAUUGUUUUGACUUAAAUUUAAUGUACACUUUUGCUAACAAUUCUUUCCCCGUCCCUCCCAAAAUGAAGAUGCCCAGCCAAAAUAAAGUACCCUUGUCAUUAGAGAUGUUUACAGUACUGGCCUUUUAAAAUCUUUUUUUCUGUCCUGCAGAGUGAAUUCCACUGAAUAACAUUGAAAUCCUUUUAAAAAUAGUCACUCCUUUUUGCUAGAUAAGUAGAAUUUUUAAGGGUCAAGACUGUAACCAGAGGUUAUGUGUGAGACUAGAGACUAGUCACUGAAAGAGUGGCCUGAAGUCUUUUUAAACACAAAUUGUCAGAUUUGGUAAAGAGUAAUAAAUUUAAUAUUGAAAUGAAAGUUUGUAUGGGGGGAGAGUUGCUUUGUUUCUAGCAGUGGCCUAGCAGGUGGCUAAAAGAAUGAGAUGCCUCAGAUGCUGUUUUGAAUGCUUCAGAUAUAUUCUCUCUCUCUCUCUCUCUCCUCCUGGCAAGAACGUGAAACGUUGUUAUGACCAAUAGAGACAGCAGCACAACUUGUCAAGAUUGUUACUCCUCAGAGCCCCAUAGUCCGGAGGGAUUCAGUUACAAAAACAUGUGAUCCCUUGCCAAGUGUCUGAACAGAGUUUUAAAUACAAUUUUAAAGCUUUUACAAGCAGAGCAUUUUAAAUUUAACAAGUUUCUCUAGAGCAGGUUUUAUGUUAAAACAGGGAAACGCUUGGUUACAUAAUCAAAGGAAUUACUGGUGUGAUUUGCAAGAUAUAUUUACCAAACAGCUAAAUCCCAGACUCUUUCUGAGAUGAUGGAAAUGCAUUUUUUGCUCUGUUGCAUUUAGUUAUAUUUAUCCGUAAAAUGUUUGAUAAAAGGCCCAGUCCUGCAAGUUUGUCAGUAUAUCUCAGGGUCAGGACCAAAAUUAGGCGAAAUGGGGCUUUGGAUCAGGCUCAAUGGUGGUGGCAAAUGCCCUCAAACUGUUUGGUAAAUACCAUUGUAAACAUUCAAGAAGACAGAGCACAAAUUGGAUAUAUAUCUAUUCUAAUCUCUAUAUUCCAAGCUCCCCCCCACCCCAGGAAGUUGGCUAUAUUAAGGGUUCUACAGUACAUGGCCUUUUACAUUUUGUUGUAACUUUUCCUCAAGAAACUUAAUAAUCACAUUAACUGAAAGUAAUGCAGCUAAGCAUUUAUCCAUACAUUGGUUAAUAUGUCUCAAAUACCACUACAUGUGGUCCUUAUAUGGUCAUGUUGCACUUUAUAGCAAUCUUCCUCAAAUGGCUGGCUAAAGUAAUUUUUUAGUUGAAUGGAAAGUCAAGCAAGCACACUUUAAUAAGUGCUAUAAGAUGCCUAUGGUUUUAGCUGAAUUGAGUACAUAUGGAGCAUCUUCAGAAGCAAGAGUAAUUAUUUGCGCAAUGCAAAUGAAAUCUUUGGAGAAACAACCACAGGAGCCAUGGAAGAAUAUUCAAGACAAAUGAAAAAGAGACUAUUACGUUUAUGAGGACAAAUUAUCAUUAUUACUAUUUAUAUUUUGAAAGCACCUACAAACGCCCUUUAAGGAUUAGGGCACCAUAUACACAAUAGAAAACAAGUGUCUGCUCCAGAGAGCGAUGAACAUGGUCCUGGAUGCCAGAGGUUUUUGAUCUAUUAAAAUACUGCAUGAAACAAGAUUAUUUUAGUGUCACUUCUCCUAAUAACCAAGAAUACCGUAGCUACCAGUUUAGAUGGCCUCUAAUGUUACACUUCUUGUAUAGAUACAGUGCUGUCAUUUGAAAUGUGUGUUAUAAAGCAGGAAAUAUAACAAAUGGCAGAAAAAACGCCACUGCUUUUACCAGAAACGUGUUCACCUUGACCCCAGUUAUGCCAGGUACCUAAUCACAUGCCUAACUUUCAGCACGUGAGUAGUCCCAUUUAACUAGGACUACUCACAUGUUUAAAAUCAGGAACAUGCUUAGGUACCUUGUUGGAUAAGGGUCUUUGUCUGUAUAGACAUAGCAGAUAAGGAAAAAUAGAUCACCUAGUAUGUUAAGUGUGUUUAAAAUGGAAAAAAGUAGCUUUUGGUUGGUACUGGUCCAUUGUCCUCUGUUGUUUUCUCUAUUUUGCAAAUCAGCAAGAUCCCAGUGAGUCUCCCAGGCAUUAGUGAGGUUCUACUGUAAUUUAAAUCAUGUUCACCUCUGACUCUAACACAAAACAAAUGUAAUUUAUUGAGGUUUAUAGUAAAACCAUAACAUCAAAUUUCUAAGAAUUUUUAAUGGAUUAGUCCAAACUUCAUUUUUAAAACUUCCUUAUAAUGUUCAUUAUGUUUUACAACACGUAAUGUAGUCUCUGUAUUGUAAAUAACACGGGCUGUUUAUUGUGUGGUUUUUAAAUAUUCUUUUAAGAAGUGUGGAUUGUAGCAAUGUAGUUUAGCAAUAUUUUUAAUUUAAAUUACUGAAUAAUAAGACAUAAGCAUCACAUGUGACAUACAACUGUUUACUUUUACACUGCGGCAAACUUAAUAUGACUAUCCAAGAUGCAAGGAUAAACAUGGUUCUAUUUUAAAAGUCAAGUGGGCAGUGGAGUAUUAAUCUUCCAUUACAGAUUAGGAUAAAACACAUACAUUUAAACACAACCUCCAUUUAGUACUCAAGGUUAUGUUAUGUUCCUUAAUAGGUUUGUUCUUACUAAUACUGAUUAUUGAAAAAGUGUUAUUUUCACAUUUAUAUUGAUCAUUCCAUACAGUUGUCAUUUUCACAUGCUGCAGUUACUAUUAGAAUUUUUGUUUUUUCUUCUUACCUAGUUUGAGAGAGACUUCUAGUCUAGUGACAAUUUAAGAAUCUAAACUAAUUGGAAGGCAUUUUUAAAGGGGGUUUGCAUUCUGAGAGAAUUUUUGUGAAACUGUGGGUCUGUUAGUCAAAAUCUGGUAUAGUUCACUUUGACUGUGAUCCCUUUGGACUUGGAGCAGGUAAAAAAAAAAAUCUAGUAUCUUUUUAAUGGUAAACUGACACUACUGGUGCUUCGUUACAGUGAUCCACUGAAAACUACCUCUGAAUAAAUCCUGGGCCCUUUAAAAAGACACGCACUGCAAACCACAACCAUCCACCCCCCCCCCCCCCCCCGUUAGUAAUGGCUAUUUUGGUUGUGAAACACAUACAUGAUGACCUCAGCAGUGUCUUACUAAUCCCAGCCAUAAAGCAAAAGGCUGAUUCUGCACCCAAAGCUCUGUGUCGAAAGAGAGAGAUGCCAAUUCCCUGCCUGACAAAGUCUUUAAUGCGAUAGUGGAAGUGAAGAGCCAAAAUAAUAUGGAAAUAUUUGCAGUACAUUAAUGCACUAUGUAACAAGAUUAAAGACAGAGGCUGUGUACCCAAAACUUUUUUUUAAUAGACAGACCUGUGGGUCUGAUUUUCCCCACUUGCCCUGGCUGAGCUGCUGUGCACCUACAGCUCUCAAACUUCCAUACAAAUUUUGGGCGCUCUGCAAUUGUGAAAAUUGGGCUCUGAGUUCUGAUACACAAGGUGUACCCCUGCUCUUUUCCAUGAUAUUAUCAUGCUGCUCUUUUUAAUAAGGAGGCAGAGAGAUUAAACUUAUGUAUACGUGUGUGUGUGUGUAUAUACGUGUGUGUGUGUAUAUAUAUCAAUCAUACUUCCCUUAGAAGAAUCCUUAUCUAGUCUGGUAUAAAACUCUUCUGAUGUCCUAUUAAAUAUAGCUUCUAAUUACAACUCCCACCAUAAUAUGCAAAACACUUGGCUCCUCAGAACAGUCUUGUGUAGGAGAACAUUGUUCUAUCUGCAUUUAAAUGGGGUGCAUUUACUUUACACCAAAUAACACCCUUAUAAAUUAGCCACCUAGUUGCAGUCUGUGUUGCUGAAAGAACAAGCCAUGUUCCCUGUUCAUAGAACUGUGCCUUAUUAUUUUACAAGCCUACAUUUGUCUCAGUGAAAUCAAAUUACUAAUCAGGGUUUCUUUUACAUUGCAGCUGUUCAUACUAAAUGUCUAUGUCUAAAGCAUUUACAGGUUAGCCUUUUUAUUAUUGUAAAUUGUUCGGAGGUGUAAUAUGGUGGCGAAUGUAGAAAACAGUAAGGUGCAUGUGAACUUAACAUUUUUUUCUUUGUGAAGGAACACUUUUGAAAUAAGCCAGUUUUAAACUUUGUAUGUAAAUGUAAUGAACAAAUAUUUCCUAAAAUUGUACUUCAGUUCAUUUUUUAAAAUAAAUACAUAAUUUUCUUUA